AUGUCAUACCGUCAAGCCUUCAGUGCCUUCUACGCGCGCAACUUUGAACGUCGACCCUGGGUCACGCUCGCCGUCACGAACGGAACUCUCGGCGUGAUCGCUGAUGGAGUAGCACAAUCGCUGGAACGUAUCAGCCAGGCGCAAUCGCGACAGCAGCAACUCGAGCAGGAAGGACGAACAGACACGGCCACAUCACAGGUCUCCCAGGCGGAUGUGUCGGGGUGGGACUGGUCAAGAUCCGGUAGAUUCCUGGCGUUUAAUGUAGGCAUGGCGCCGCUAUUAGCCGAAUGGAACAAAUUCUUAGAGUUCAAGUUCCCCCUGAGGAGUUCGGCGCUAGCAACGGGAGCAGCGGCAGCAGCGGCAGCGAGCACAGCAUCGUCGAUGAGUAAGGUGAGCCUAAGAGCUCUUGCCAAUCGACUUGUCAUGGACCAAGUGUUGUUUGCACCGUUUGGUUUGGCGCUCUUCACAGGUGCUAUGGGCUACAUGGAGCGCGGUAGCAUCGAUGGCGUCAAGGACAAAUUCGGCGAAAUGUACAUCCCCGCGCUGCUGGCAAACUGGCAAGUCUGGCCUCUGGUCCAGCUGGUCAACUUCCGAUACAUGCCUUUGAAAUAUCGUGUGCCCUUCGUCUCGACUGUAGGAAUCCUGUGGAAUGUUGGGCUGUCGCUUUUGUCCCAAUCCACACGAUCUAACCAGAAUCACGACGUGCACAAGCUGACGGAGGCUCGAGCGCUGCAAUUCAGCACUCCGUCAGUUCCAAAAUAG